GAAAAGGAAAGUUGAUAUAGUCUGGAAGGAGGAAAGGAAUAUUUGAUUAUGCCAUUAUGGAUUAAUUAAUUAAUUAAACGGAAUGAUCGGACCACAAAGCCUUAUCUUUCGAGAGUCAACGAAGAUGGCUGUGUAGAACUCCAAUAUCGACAGACGAAAUACAGGCCACUAAGAACCGGAGCCACAAAAGCAUGGGAUGUUGUUGUGACGAUGAAGACGAGCUGCUUCUCGUGCCAUUGAAUCCACCGGAAACCGUCCAAACUCACCCCCCUUCGUCUUCCGGCACAACCACAACCUACGGCGGAGACGCCGUGAUCUCCCCGAUGAAUUCCAAUUUCCCUGCUUUGCUAUGCAGGGACACUCUCCGCGCGAUCCUCGAGAAGCUCCCGCUGCCUGACUUAGCACGCGCGGCGUGCGUUUGCAGGCUCUGGAAUGCGGUCGCCUCCGAUAGGGAGAUGAAGACCAGGGCGUUCAAGGCUCCAUGGAAGCUCAAGGACUUCAUUGGAAACCCUAGCUCGGGUACUUUCUGGAGAGACAAUAGCAUCUCCAAAUUCGCCAUUUCUCACCGAAUUGUCCGUGGUGAUAGUUUAGCUAGCCUAGCUGUCAAGUACUCAGUUCAUGUUAUGGAUAUAAAACGUUUGAACAACAUGAUGAGUGACCAUGGCAUAUACUCAAGGGAGAGGUUACUCAUCCCUAUUAGCAAUCCUGAUCUGCUAAUGGAUGGCACAUGUUAUGUGGAGCUGGAUACCCAUGCAAAAAGGGAAGUGGCCGUGUUAUAUCUUGAGGGAUGCCCCGAUGGAAAUCCCAGUUGUCUGUUGAGAGGGCUCACGACAUCUUGAGGAGGAGUAUGCGAGUUGACGACGGAACUGCUCGAUACUACCUGGCAGUGUCCAAUGGUGAACUCAGAACAGCCAUUGUACCGUUUUUUGAGGAUAUGCGGUGGGAGAGACAGGUCGGGCUGGCUUAGUUUUCAAAUCUUGUUUCAGAUAUGAGGUGGGGUUUUAUGCAUCUCUAUAUGUUGUGUUUAAAGUAAUGUUGGAAAGGAUCCCAUGAAGCCAUGAAGGGCAAAUUGUUGAUCAAUCAAAACAGCAGAACAGGCAAGUCCUUUUGUCAUUCUUUGUGUCUGCUUAACCCUUCCUCGUCUUGUGCUCUCAAAUAAAAUGUACUCACUUCUAUGUAUCACCUUAUGAUUAGCAUGUCACUCUUAUAAUCAUCAAGCUGUAAUGAAGGUGUGAGCUGAAUCAUCAUCAAAUGUAAUAUGGAGUAUUCCA